AUGGGUACCCGUUUGCUCCUCCUCAUGAGGUUCAGGCCAACGGCGCAGCUUCUCACGGGACUCACGUUUGUCUCCCAGCCCUGGCAGAAGAGGACAACAUCUGUGGAUGCCUGCCUGCACAUUGUGUGCAGUAAUAAUAGCAUAAUAAUAAUAUUCCGCCAAUUCCCCGUUUGGGCCACCGGACGCGGUCCGGCCCCGCGCCUGAUCUAUCGAGGCCACCAGCUCGAGGCUGCCAAUUUAGCCGGCAACGUCGAGGGCCUCUCCGGGACAAGCCACAUAUCGGCCUCCAAGGACCAUCUCCGGGAUACUCUCCCCAAAUCAAGCAGCGUUAAUGCCAAGUCAGCUGGUUCUCCCGGCACCGUGGAGCACAACGGUACCAACGGCGACCAGCCGACAUCUGAUCUCAUUGAGAGUCGGGGCAGCGCCGCCAGCAGCGAGGGGGGCCUUGAACUGACACGUGACGGCAUCGGCCUCGAGCAUCACGGCCAGGAGGAAAGACCCCAGCUUGCUCACCCUCCAUCGCUUCCCCACGUGCAGCGCCAUCCUUUACUGCAGCGCCAAGCCACGGAAAACACCUCCCCGCCCACCGAUUUGCCCAACGAGCUACACAUUUCGACUGAAACCUGCAACACGCCGCUCUCGGGUCCACCCUCCGCCACCAUUAUCAAUCUGGAUGCUCCCGACGCGCCUAUUCCUCCCACAUCCAGCCUCGCUGCGGAUGAUGCCGCCUUGUUUGAUCACCUCACCCGGAGUGCUGGUGCUGAUAAUCAUGAGGCCGGGGACGACGCAGCACCAGUGAAGAAAACACACCCAACCAACUCUGGGGAUGUUGACAGCGUGUUUGUCACAUCAACUGCCACCGCCGCUGCCGCUGCAGGCUCACCGCUUCGUCGUUCUGGCAGCGCCGAACCUCAAAGUGUGGCCAGUCCUGCUGCCUUGUUGCCUCGCGCCCGGUCAGUGGGAGACAUGCCUCCGGAAAUGGUGCACGUCGAGGACCCCCGCGAGUCUGAGCAGGACCAGCCUGUUGUGCAACAAGCCUUUCAUCACUAUCGUUCCAUCUCUAUGGUGGAAGAACGGGGUGCUCAACCAGUGCCCUGGUCAGUGCCGCGAGAUGCUAGUGGAGCCAAACGCUCUGUAGAGUUUGAGCACCGUCGCCAACGCUCCGCUCAUUAUCGGGGCAGCGACACUUUUGACGAUUCACGCCCGCCUUCGGAGCGCGACGCGGAGAUCCAAAACACAAGGGGUGCCACAGAGAUGUCCGAGAAGACUCCCCAAGAAUCGGAUGCCCCCAAGGACGCUGUUGUCGGCAAGGGUGGCUAUUUCGAGGAGGAGGAGGAGGAGGACGCAGCCCACUUUUGGGCCGUUGUUGGCCGCUUCAAAUGGUUCAUCCUCACCUUUCUUCUUUGCAUCGUCUUGCCGGGUCUUUUGUGUGGCUUCUUGGCCCCGGAUGCACACGUUGGGCAAACGAGCUUCACCGCAUGGGCCUUCAUCUUGGGAAUCAUUAUCCUGGCCUGGCCUGUGGUCUAUCUUAUUGUCCAUGUAGCCGGCUGGACCAUGGUUUAUCUGGCCAUGUAUCGGAAAAAGGGCCCGGCCAUGAUGCGCUACUACGUCGAGGGUCUUCGCGUGCCCGUCACGACCUUUGCUUGGGCAAUUGCUGCGACCGUCCUCUUUCAUGUUCUCAUUGUUUCGGACCCCUUCCCCCCGGCCCGCCCCCCGGGCUACCGACGCAAUGUCAUGGAUCAGGUUUGGUGGAUUGAGCGCUUUUUUAUCUGCGGCAUCAUUGUCUCCAUCUUGCCCAUGGGUCGUGCGUACAUGAUUCGGCGGGUGGCCCUUCAACGUCGCGCCGAGGGCUAUCAUGAACGUGUUCGUGAGGCCAUCAUGUCCUCAAUGAUCAUGUCCCACCUGACCAAGAACGUUUCACCCAAAAUGAUUGCUCCACGCGUUAAGGCGCAAGUCAAGCGGCGCAAGCGUGCCGUUGAGUUCGCUUUGGCCAGCAAGUCGGCGCCCAGCACACCGCCCGAUCCUGAGAAGGGCCGCAAACAAUUUCGCAUGUGGAAGUCGAAAGCUACCAGUAGCGCCGGGCCCGGCAAAUCUACCAAGGCCAUCUUGAAGCAGGCGGCUUCGGCACUUUCCGUUAGUCAGAAUCGACAAGAGACGGAAUCAACGGCCUCUCAACGUGUAGAUCACGUUGAAGACCACGUCAACAUUUUCGGCAACCCCAAUGCCCUCAACUCGCGGAAGUUCCCUCGCAGCACGAACAGCGAGAUUGAUAUGGAUAAACUGCUUGCUGACGCAGAUACCGUGCAGCGCAUGCCCAUGAUGGUGUGCCGUCGCACGAAACAAAUCCGCUCCAUCAAGGAUGCCCGAUAUUUGGGUUCGGCUCUCUUUGACUGGUACUCUGGGGUUCGCGAUCUGCGUACCGAGAUCAUCAAUCUUCCUGAUGCCACAAUUCGUGUUUCAACACUUUUGGACCAGUUUCCCCCAGAGUCCAAGCUGCGCAGCCACGCUGAGCGCAUUUUGGAUCCGAGCAAAACCGGCAAGCUGACUCGAGAACAGCUGAUGACCUGUGUCGUGGAGGUGUUUUUGGGCCGCAAGAACCUGGCCCACUCGCUGGGCGACCUCGACUCGAUCAUCCAUGCCAUCAACGCCUUUCUGAUCAACGUUCAGGCUGUCCUGACCUUUUUGGUCGUGCUCGUGGGCUUUUCCACCGGAGAACUCGCCGACAUCGCCCUGACCGCAGGAACAACCAUCUUGGGCCUCUCCUUCAUCUUCUCUGACACCUGCAAGCAUGUUUUUCAGUCCUUCGUGCUGCUUUUUGUGCGUGCACCUUUUGAUGCCGGGGAUCGCGUCGAGAUUCAAGGGUACAGCGAACCCUUAUAUGUCCAGAAAAUGGAGCUUCACUAUACGGUUUUCACAGUUUGGAACGGCUUGGUGGUCACUAUACCUAAUCACGACCUCUAUAACAAGACGAUCUUUAACGUUCACCGGAGUGGCAUGAUGUGGGAACAAACCAAGUUUUCUGUUUCAGUGCGCACAUCAUCUGAGAAACUGCGUCUCCUCGAAGAACGCUGGCGAGAGACCUUGCGGGCGCAUCCCUUUGAUUUCCAUGAUGCGCGGUCCUUUUUCCUUCUGGAUCGCAUCGAGGAUGCCAACAAACUCGUGAUUCACAUGAUUUCUGCCCAACGGACUAACUGGCAAAAUGGCGAGCAUGUCAUUCGGCGAAACAUUAUCACCGCUGCAAUGCGCAAAGCCUGUGAAGACUUGGGCAUCGAGUACGGCCCUCCCAUUCAGCGGGUCAACCUGGUUGGCAAUGGUGUGCCACCGCCCUCGUCAACUUUCGAAAGCGGUUCUUCAAACUUUGCCACUCGUGCCGCCUCUUAUGAUGGUGGCCUGAGCGAGCAAAUGCACCAGUCAUAGCUAUAGAUGGUCGGUUAUGUUGGUGUUUAAGCUAAUGUUGACAUUCGCGCCGGCCGCUAAUACAGCCGGAACAGUGAGACCGUACAUAGGGGUCUCUUACCCAUUGUUCUCGGCAAAGUUCCUAUCAACAUCGCUUUGUUGUUUUCGUGUUUCUGUGUUCGUGUUUUUCGUUUUUCGUUUUUCGUUUUUUUUUUUGCUUUGUUCCGCGGUGGGUGUUGCCGCGGCAGCACACUUAGUUAGUAGGAAGGCCGAAUAUGACGGCUGUUUGCGACCUCUUCAUCCUGCAGAUGGCAAGAACACCACUGACAGCUGAAUGGAUGUAGCGAUCGUGGUGUCAAAAGUAUUGGGUUCAGAUAUACUUGCUGAUCCUCAUAUGAAAAGCAUCGUAAAGCAUGAAAGCCUGAAUCGAUAAGAUGCUUUG